UCUUCAGUAUGUUUAGCAGAUUAAAUGUGUGUGCAUCCAUACAAUUUUCUUCCUGAGACCCUACAUUGCUAUCUGGCAAAAAAGAGGAGAAUAAUCCAGAGAGUAUUGCUUCCACAUGUGAAGUUUUGAGACCUGUGUAAAUUCUGUUUGAUGUGUAAUGCAUAUCUUUCUAUAAUUUCACAAGACACCACACCAACAUAUGAGUUUCGGCCCAGAAAACAUCGUCCUGGGGAGAGCCUGCCAGAAAUGCGGAGGCAAAGGGAGUCCUCUGAAUCGAAAGACACUGAAAAGACGCCUGAAAAGGCAGCUGCAGGCAAAUCCAGCCAAGCACGCAGUGAUGCAGCCACAAGUGCUGACACUACUCCUGUUGAAGAUCUCUUGCGAUCCAUGGAGAAGUUUGUGGGCCUGAAAGAUCUCAAAGUAUACCUUGAGGACUUUGCCAAAUCCAUCUUCAUGCAAAGACUAGUGAAGAACGAGGUCGACACCGGGGGUAUGCACAUGGUGUUUUCGGGAAAUCCGGGAACUGGAAAAACAACUGUUGCCACAGCGCUGACAGGUUUCCUCUACAAGAUCGGGAUAGUAUCGAAAGAACAGCCUGUGGUCGUCCAGAGGGGCGACCUGACCUCGAAGUGGGUGGGGCAUACGUCGGAAAAGACCAGGAAAAAAGUCCAAGCCAGCAAGGGUGGUGUGAUGCUGGUGGACGAAGCCUACCGGUUGGCACAGGCCGACUCCUCAUCAAAGGAUGUGGGCAAGGAGGCGCUUGAGGAAAUCAUGAGUUUUAUGGAAGGUGGUGAUCCCAUCAUGAUUUUCGCAGGCUAUCCCGCGGAGAUGGCUUCAUUGCUGGAUGUCAAUCCAGGACUGAAGUCACGGAUAGCCUACAACUUUGAUUUCCCUGACUUCAAUGUAAAGGAGCUGGCAGACAUCAUGAGGAUGGAAGUGGAAAACAAAGGCCUGCGUUUAACCAGCCAGGCAAACCAGGACCUGGCAACCACAGUAGAAAACAGUUCCACAGAACCACAGAGAUCAAAGAUGAAUGGCAGACUGGCCCGCCAGGUUGUCAAAGAGGCAGAGAGACAUAUGUACGCUCGCUGCUACCCCAAUGACAUCCAGGGAUGCGGGCUUAUCACUCAGGAAGACUUGGAAUACUCCUUCCAAAGGUUCCUGAGUGGUAGGCCAUAAGCCAUUACUUGGUUGUCAAUGGAGUAGCACUGCUUCUAUGAGAACGCCCCAAAUUCCUAACAUUUUGGUAUCAUUUUUUUUGGCUUAGUCUCCCUACCAUUGAAGUCAGGUGAACUAAAUUUUCACAUUUUAUUUCAUAGCUGCAUUAGCGUAAUAUACAGUGAAAUUUGUCCUUUCCCAAAUUUAACCGAACCAGCAACUUUUUGCAACAUUAAAUCAUGAUGGGGUCACCAAAAACAUUUGUCAAUCAUUCUUAGUUGAUUAUUAGUUGAUCAGUUAGUAUGUAUAAUUUAUUAUUACUUUCAUUUCAUCAAUUGUACAUAGUGGAUCAAUCAUGUUUAGUUGAUCCAUACUUUUUUAAUCAAACAGGAAUAGUGAAUUGUUGCCAUUUCAUUUAAAUCAAUCAGGUGUAAUAACUACUUUUUAAUGUGAUCAAUCAGGUCUACUUAUACAUGUACCAAAAAUGCUUUUUCUUGUUUAUCUUGUUUGGCUUCCUCACAGAAAAUUUAUCUUCCA